AUGGCUUCAAAGUCAGAUUUGGAAGAAGUCUUUGAAUCUUUUUGUAGUUUUGGGGCUGGCAGUAAAGAUUCAGGUCCAAUGAUGGACAAUGCUAAGUUUGCUAAAAUGUUCAGAGAUCUCAAAUUAUUAGACAAGAAGCUCACUGAAACUGAUGUAGAUAUUAUCUUUAAUAGACCUGAAGUGAAGAGUAGAACGCAAGAUAACCUCUCUCAAUUUUUGAAGGCUCUCAAACUAGUAGCAGAAAAAAAAUAUCCUGGAGAUACUGAAGGAAUGGCUGAACUAGAAAGACAAAUAACUAGUGGAAAGGGACCCAAGACUAUAGGAACCAAGGAAUCUGUAGAUCCCUCUGUGGAUGACAGACUGACAGACACAUCAAAAUAUACUGGUAGCCAUAAGGAGAGAUUUGAUGAGUCUGGGAAAGACAAGGGUUUGUCUGGGAGAGAGUGGGAUAUAGAUACAAGUGAAGGUUAUGUAGGAGGUUAUAAACAGUGA